UCUUUUUUUUCCCAAUACCAAUCUAUUGGAUUUCUCAUGGAGAAUCAGUCUCUAAAAUCAGAAUCCUUCAUGCAAAAAGAAUUGCCAACUUGUUAUAAACAAGUAGCCAUAGAAUCAUUAUCUAGAUUUUUCAAGGAUCCACACAUUUUUAGUGAUAUAAAUCAUGAAAGUACUUCUAUAAAUUCUUCUUCAACAAAAUUUUCUGAAUUUCUUCCACUUAAUUUCCAUCAAAACGAAUUGUCAUUAUCAUCAUCAUCAUCAUUAUCGACAUCUUCAAGUUAUCAACAUCAUCAAGAUCAAGGGAAUAGUAACAAUAUUAUUCCUUUGAGUAAUUUUCUUGAAUCUUUUCAUCAUCAUCCUCAAGUUCUUGAUCAUCAAACAUGUUCUUCUUCAACAAAUUCACUAUCAUGUAAUUACCCAACUUUAGGGUUGUUUUUGCAAGAGCCUACCAUUUUAGAGAUUUCAAAAAGGGCAGCUGAAUCUCUAAGCAACAAGAAUCACAAGUCAUCAUCCGCGGCGUUAUUCCCUAUGUCUUCAUCAAUAGGUCAUGAGAGCCAAAUUCAUUAUCAAGAGGCUGCAACUACAAAUCCAACAAAUUGGCUGAAAAUGAAUCAAACCAUAACAAAUUGUACCACAACAAAAGGUUUUAGUGACUAUUGGCUUAGCACUACAAAAACUCAACCAAUGAAAUUCAAAGGAUCAUCAAGAAAAUCAUCACUUAUUCAUUAUGAAAAUUCGCCUUCAUCUUCUUCUUCUUCUCCUUCUUCUAUGACCGCGUCCCAAGGGAAGCUUUUUCGAGGAGUAAGACAAAGGCAUUGGGGAAAAUGGGUGGCGGAAAUAAGGCUACCAAGAAAUAGGACAAGGGUUUGGUUAGGUACAUUCGAUACUGCUGAAGAAGCUGCUUUUGCUUAUGAUACCGCGGCUUAUAUGCUAAGAGGUGAUUAUGCACACUUGAAUUUCCCACAUUUGAAGAAUCAAUUAAAGGCUAAUUCUAUCAAUGGGAACAUAACAUCACUCCUUGAGGCGAAAAUUCGAGCAAUUUCAGCACAAUCAAAGAAGGCUAAUAAUAUUAGUGAUCGCGAUGAAAAUAUUAUAUCUCCAAAAGGGCUAUCGGAUGAUAAUGCAACAAUCAAGAACACGAUCAUUCAGAAUCAAGAAAAGGAAAUUAAUUGUGAGAAAUUAAUGGAGAUUACUAAGGUGAAGAAUAUUAAUCAAGAAAAUGUUGAUGGUGUUCAAUUGAGUAGAAUGCCAUCUUUGGAUAUGGAUAUGAUUUGGGAUGCACUUCUUGUUUCUGAUUUAUCAUGACCCUCAAUUGAUGUAUUGUAUUUUUAUUUUUUUACCAAAAUUAUUUCAAGAUCAAGAGCAUACAUGCAUAUAGUUGUUUAAUUUUAUAAAAAAAAUUCACUUUUUGGAAGAUCAUGU